CAAAAUUGUAAAGAAUUUCAACAUGGCGGGCGGUCGCGAGAGAGCUGUUUCAGAAAGAACCCUUGUUUGUCUUUUGCAAGCUGUACAAGGCCAUAGGACCACCGUAGAACUACGAAACGAGUCAUCUGCAGAAGGGCUGAUCGAGAACGUCGAUGGAUUCAUGAAUAUCUCGAUGUCCGAUAUCACAUUUACGAAGGGAAAUGGCGAAGUGAUGGACUUCCCUACAAUGUUUAUUCAUGGCCGGCAGAUUCGUUACGUUCAAAUCCCUGAUUUUAUUGACAUGAGAAAGGCUAUUGACGAGCAGUUAUCAAAGAUAGGAAACACGAGGAAAGUUCCCGCUAGACGAAUGAAAAGGGGAGGAAAAACUUAAUGCAGAUAGG